UAGUCCUGCAUGGUCCGAAAGCUAAAGUCGAAACAUAUGCAUUUUUUGACGACGGCUCCACAUCCACCUUCAUGGAUCACGACCUGCUCGAAGAACUAGGUUUGAAAGGUACGCCACGUCCGUUGUGCAUUCAGUGGACAGGAAAUGUCACGCGGGAGGAGCACGAUUCGGUACAGAUAGCAGUGCACAUAUUGGGGAAGCAGAAGAAAACAGCGCCCUACGAGCUGUCAACUGUACGCACAGUUCACAAACUGGCACUUCCUAGGCAGACCAUGGAUGUAUCCCAACUCGCAGCCGAUUUUGCACAUCUGAGGGGCUUACCGCUGGAGUCUUAUGUCGAUGUAGCACCACGCAUCUUGAUCGGCGUUGAUAAUUGCAUCCUGGGACAACCGCUGAAAAGUUUAGAAGGAAGAAAUGACGAGCCAGUUGCGUCUAAGACCCGUUUGGGAUGGGUCCUGGGAGGGCCGUGCUCGGUAGCGACCGCCACGCCAAAAACAUACCUACCGUUGUUCCAUAUAUGUUCAUGCGACGACUCUGAUGAAACACUCAAUGCUGCAGUAAAAGAACACUUCGCUUUGGAAUCUAUCGGCAUCGAUAAGACUGUGGACGUAAGGCAGUCCAAGGACAACGAACGUGCCCUUUUGCUAUUGGAGCGCGAGACAAAAUUCGAUGGCCGGCGUUAUGAAACUGGUCUCCUGUGGCGCUACACCGACAUCAAGCUGCCAUGCAAGCUGCCGCGUUAAAAAGGUAUGAGUGCCUGCAACAAAAAAUGCAAAAAGAUCCCAUUUUAGCAGAAGCAGUUCGGGAAAAGAUGGAGGACUACAAGAGGAAAGGGUAUAUAAGACGCUUAACCGAAUACGAAUUGGACAAAAGAUACGACAACGAUUGGUACCUGCCCAUCUUUCCUGUAACCAACCCAAAUAAGCCUGGAAGGAUACGGAUGGUUUUCGACGCAGCAGCAAAGGUACGUGGAGUCUCACUAAACUCAUUCCUUCUAGCUGGGCCAGACAUGUUAGCCGGUCUACUUGCUGUUCUGUGCAAGUUUAGAGAGUAUCGUGUGGGGAUAGUAGGAGAUAUCCGCGAAAUGUUUCAUCGCGUGGGCGUAAAAAAGAAAGACCAGAGAAGCCAAAUGAUAUUUUGGGAAGGCGACGAUCACGAGGCUAACCCGGUUGUUUACGUCGUUACCGUAAUGACGUUCGGAGCAUCUUGUUCGCCGAGCUCUGCACAAUAUGUGAAGAACCUAAACGCAGACCGGUUCGAGAAGGAGCAUCCCCGCGCAGUCGAGUGCAUCAAGGGCGAACACUACGUUGGCGAUAUGCUGGCCAGCGUAGAAACUGAAGAGGAGGCUAGCGAUUUGGCAAAAACAGUCCGCUACAUCCACGCCAGCGGAGGCUUUGAAAUCCGCAACUGGGUUUCGAAUUCGUCGAUGGUUGUGGCAUCGUUGCAAGAAACGUCGUGUACUGAGAACAACGUCAACAUGGAAUGCGGCUCCACAACAGAGAAGGUGCUAGGUAUGUGGUGGGAUACUGUAUACGAUUCAUUUACCUUUCGGCUAUCUCCGAAGUAUGAUCGAGAUCUAUUAACGGGAGAAAAAACGGCAACAAAACGAGAAAUCCUUCGAACACAAAUGAGCCUAUUCGAUCCGAUGGGCCUGCUAGGUCAUUUUAUCAUGUAUUUGAAGGUUCUCCUUCAAGAAAUCUGGCGUGGCGCAUACACCUGGGAUCAGCAACUCGACGGGCGAAUAGCCGAAAAAUGGGCAACAUGGUUACGUGUUCUUCCGGAAGUCGAAAAGGUAUCAGUGCCAAGGUGCUAUCGAAAACUAUGCACAACACAGGCAAAUGUACAACUGCACGUAUUUUGCGACGCGAGCGAAAGCGGGACGGCGGCGGUGGCGUAUUUCCGUUUUGAAGAGGAGGGGAAUGUAGAAAGUAUUAUCGUGGGUUCUAAGACGCGUGUAGCACCACUAAAGUUCUUAUCCAUUCCUAGACUCGAGCUACAAGCAGCGGUUAUAGGUGCUAGAUUGGCUGAUACCAUACGUCAAAGCCAAAGAAUGGCAAUAAGUCGAACGACCUUCUGGACGGAUUCACGAAAUGUGCUUAGUUGGCUACACUCCGAUCAUCGACGGUAUAGCCAGUUCGUGGCGUUUCGUGUAAGGGAACUCCUCGAAACCACAAAUGUCAACCAGUGGAGGUGGACCCCGACCAAGCUCAAUGUUGCAGACGACGGCACCAAGUGGACUAAGGUACCAGACUUAUCGCGAACUAGUCGAUGGUUCUAUGGCCCUGAGUUCCUUAAACAUCCCGAGUCUGGUUGGCCAGCAAAGGAAACACCGAUGAGCGACACUACUGAAGAAAUACGGAAGAGUAUAUGCGUCCACAAAGCUAUCCAGCAAUUCAUUCGGUUCGACCGCUUCUCUAAGUGGAAGAGAGUAUUGCGGGCGACAGCAUUUGUCGUACGGUUCACCAAGAAAACACGAUCAACGACGGACAACACGUUCAAAGGACCACUUACUCAGGAGGAGCUGGUGGAAGCAGAGGUGAUCUUGUUGAAAACCAUACAACGAGAGGCCUACUCAAGCGAGAUCGAAAGUCUACAAAAACCGGCCCGAGGGCGCAUCCAUGGAAAAAAGGGAUAGAUAAAGGUAGCUCACUUUAUAAAGUAUCACCGGUAGUCGACAGCCGCGGAAUAUUAAGGGUCAGAGGACGGCUAUCUGAAUGCAUUGAUAUCAGCGAAGAAUUACGUAACCCAAUUAUUAUUCCCGGAAAUCAUCGGGGAACGUACUUGCUGAUGCAGGAAUACCACGAAAGGUACAUGCAUGGCAAUCACAGCACGGUGAUUAACGAGAUACGGUCACGGUACUACAUUCCGAAGUUAUUAGGAGAAUAUCGCCGAGUAAGGUGUUAUUAUUUCGGACCGUUCCUAGUCGCUGUGGGAAAGCGCGUUGAAAAGAGAUGGGGCGCAAUAUUCACCUGCCUCACAACCAGAGCCAUAUACCUGGAGAUAGCCCACUCUCUCAACACUGCGUCAUGCAUCAUGGCUAUCCGAAGGUUCAUUGCGAGGCGCGGAACGCCUUUGGAGAUAAUCAGCGACCGGGGGACAAAUUUCGUCGGAGCAUCUCGAGAGCUGGGUGCGGCUUUGAAAUCGGUCAACCAGGAGGAGCUAAUGACAGCGUUUUGUGGACCGAACAUGAAGUGGACUUUCAAUCCGCCGGGAGCCCCACAUUUUGGUGGGUGCUGGGAGCGGCUAGUUCGGUCUGUAAAAUCGGUGCUGGAAAAAUUCGACCAGCCACGACAACCAACGGACGAGGUAUUAGCGUCAACCUUUACGGAAAUUGAAACUAUUAUUAAUUCCAGACCCCUCACGUACGUGCCGCUGGACAACGAGAUGGCUGGACCGAUCACUCCUAAUCAUCUACUGCUAGGGAGUUCGAACGGAAGCAAGCCCUCUAAUGCCUUACAUGAGGGACCAGCAGCGGUGAAGUCAGCAUGGAAGGCGGUUCAACUUAAUGCGGACAUAUUCUGGAAAAAAUGGGUUGCGGAAUACUUACCAACGCUUACACGAAGAACGAAGUGGUUCCAAUCGGUCCGGCCCAUCCAGGAAGGAGAUAUUGUUAUUGUGGUUGACAACACGCUUCCGCGAAACUCGUGGCCCAAAGGACGCGUCAAGUCCGUCGUGUGCGCCAAGGACGGUCAGGUCAGACAGGCGACCGUGGAAACAAGCAGCGGAAUUUAUGUGAGUCACUCAAUAGUUUGUGCUGUGUCAUCGUUAUGCAGUGCUCUACCUGCAAUGCACCCACCGAUAGUGCUAAUUCGAUGUCCUGCGCCGGUGUUUGUGGUUCCAAGCAUCAUACCCACUGCACGGGUUUGUCCCGUGAUUCUACUCGUGAGCUUGGGCGGAAUAAUCAAUUAUGUGGUUGUGCAAAACAUGUAA